AUGUCAGCCUGGCUGCAGCUAGAUGGCGUCGACACCUCGUUUGAUGAGGGCACCAGCGAUGCCAUUCGGGAGCUUGCCAUGGGUGUCAUCCACCGCACACUCACCGACACAGGCCAAGUGAGGCAGCUCAUCCGGCAGGGGGCAAACCCGAGUGUCGAGCCCUCACUGCAGCACCGCCAUGACGCCACACCUCGGCUGUUGAUGUUGAAGAAGGCCUAUCCGCUGCUCAGUCUGUCCAUCGACGACAUGACCGACUCCACCAUCCCGUCCAUCUGGGCAAAGGACCAAGACAACGGGCGACUUCCCGUCAGGCUGCCCCGCUGGCCGUCUCCUCAGCUCCAAGAUGCCGUCAUGACCGCACUGAUCGACAGCUGGGCUGACAUCAACGCGGAAGGCGCCGACGAGGACGGAAGACCCAUCCGUGUCGCCGUUGCGGCGGCCAACCUGCCGGCAGUCGGUCUCCUGCAACGGGGCGUCCAGCUGCACGGAUUCCUGGUGAUGCGCCUGCCGGAGGACAGUAUGUGUCCGCCUACCCCCGAGGGUGAGCGGCAAUUGAUGGCCAUCUACCGCCGGCUCAUUCAGUACGACAGCACCUUGGCAGCCGAACGCGAUGAACUGGGCAACACAUUGGUGCAUUCGGCAGCCAGCAGAAUGUCCAGAGGUCGCUUCUCCCAGGCCUUCAAUAGCCAGUACAUCGACCUGCUUGUGGACAACGGAGCUGACAUCAGGGCGGCCAACAAUACUGGCGGCUACACGGCAUUGCACUGGGCGGCGCAUCGGGGCUCUUACGUUUUCGCGGGGCUGUGUCGCAAGCUCUCACCUGACGACAUCAACAGAGGGACAGACACCAACUGGACGCCCCUCGUCAUCGCUGCCAUUCGUCUCCGUAUGUCCAUUCGGACGCUGGGCGAUAACGAGACGGCAGAAGAGCGCAAGGAAGACAUCCGCACAACGGAAAUUCCCAAUCUCAAGACCGUCAUCCGCACCCUUCUGAGAGCCGGCGGCCGCACGCCCACAAGGCGCAGUGAGCGACGUGAGCGCAGUCUCGUGCUGGCCGAGUAUGCCACGGUGCUGAAUGGUCUGUGUGAUGUGACCAUGUCGGCCAUCAACGCCGCCCUCGCCCCCCAGCGCGACCACUCGAUGCUGCUCGCCCGUCUACUGCCCCUCGCACCCCACAACGACGGCAGAGACCCCGCCCCCUCCCCCCUCUCAUUCGGACCACACGAGGCAGAGGCCAUCGGCUGGAAGAUCGGCGCCUUCCUGCACGAGCCAUUCGCUGCAGCAGCGGCCAUCGACGAGUACCUCAUCGGCGAGUCGACGCUGAGGCGCCGCGUCAAGGCGGCCAUGGCGCACUUCGUCAAGUCGGCCGCCACACGGACAUCCAGCAACAGGGAGGUCAUCGGCGACAUGGCCAACAUGGGCGGCGUCAUGGUGCGAGUGCCGCUGCAGUGCUUCGCCGUUCGGGGUCAGCAGGGUGGGCAGCAUCGGCUGCUAGGUUUGCGUGAGGUGGUCCACAAGGCCCGGCUGGACGAGGCGGCCAGCCAUGGUGUGACGGGUGUGGUCAAGGGCUUCAACGCCCACCUGGCUGACGACUGCGUGUUCGAAUGGCGGCAGCUGGGUUACAUCGACGAGACCACACGGCUGUUCGUGGCGCUGGGCAUCGAGUGA